AGUUAAGCCAACACGUUCAUUCAAUAUUAAACAGAAAAAUUAAUUUGUUUAUGUUUUAAAAAUGUCUUUCGAUACAAUACCAAAGGAUUUGCGUGGACUGCGUGCUUGCUUAGUGUGUUCACUUGUGAAGACGUUCGAUCAAUUCGAAUGUGACGGGUGCGAUAAUUGUGACGAAUUUCUGCGUAUGAAAAACAACAAAGAUAAUGUAUAUGAUCACACAAGUAAUAAUUUUGAUGGCAUUAUUUCGCUGAUGAGUCCAGAAGAUUCUUGGGUAGCGAAAUGGCAGCGUUUGGGACGCUUUACUCGUGGCAUCUACGCUAUCUCGGUAUCAGGGAACCUUCCUCAAGCAACACUCCGUGAAAUGAAAAGUCGCGGUAUUCCCUAUAGAUCGAGAGACACUAGCCAGCGUUAA